AUGAAGGUCCUCUGUGUGGCUGAAAAGCCUUCCAUCUCCAAGGCUGUAGCGACUCAUCUCGCUGGAGGCCGUGUCGAAACACACAAUACGAGAAGCAAGUACAUCAAGAACUACUCGUUCGAUUUUGACUUUGGCCAGCAAUUGGGCCACUGCUCCGUCAAUAUGACUUGUGUCACUGGUCAUUUAACAAACGUCGACUUUACACCUGCGAACAAGAGCUGGUACUCGCCUCCUCCGGAAUCGUUGUUCACUGCCCCAAUUGUCACAACUAUUAGCGAUGAUAAAAAGGUAAUUGCCCAAAAUCUGGAAUCUCAAGCGCGAUAUGCUCAAGUCCUCGUAAUCUGGACGGAUUGCGAUCGCGAAGGUGAACAUAUCGGCAAUGAAAUCGUCGAAGCUGCUCGAAAGGGCAAGCCGGGUAUUCGGGUGUUGCGAGCAAGAUUCAGCAAUAUUGAAAGAGCACAUGUCAUAUCAGCAGCCAGGAACCUGACAACCUUGGACGAAAGGCAAGUCAAUGCUGUGGCCACGAGAAUAGAGCUUGACCUCCGAAUCGGCUAUGCUUUUACUCGCUUCCUCACGAAUAACCUACGGCAGCUUGGAGGACCUUUGGAAAAAAUGACCCUUAGCUAUGGAUCCUGCCAAUUUCCAACCCUUGGGUUCGUCGUUGAUCGUUAUUUUCGUGUCAAAAACUUCGUUCCAGAACCCUUCUGGAGCAUAAAGCUGACACACAACCGAGACGGUAAAAAGGUUGAUUUCUCCUGGCUACGAAAUAGGCUUUUCGACCGAAUGUCUACCGUCAUUUUGUAUGAAAGAUGCCUUACAGCAAAAAUAGCAACCGUCAUAAAAGUUCAGCAGAAACCUACUCGCAAGUUUAAACCCUUACCCCUUACAACCGUUGAACUACAAAAGGCUGCAACAAGGUUAUUGCAUAUGAGUGGACAACAGGCCAUGACUAUCGCCGAAGGACUCUACAACAAAGGAUUCAUAAGUUACCCCAGAACCGAGACUGAUCGUUUUGAUCGAGGGAUGAAUCUCCGAACUCUGGUUGAUAAGCAGACAACCGACCAGAGAUGGGGACCAUUUGCACAGAACCUUGUCAAUGGUGUCUUUCAACAACCAAGAGAAGGGAGAAACGACGAUAAAGCCCAUCCUCCUAUUCAUCCUAUCACGUAUGCUUCUCCUACAGUCCUAAAUCGCGAUGAGGGUCGAUUAUACGAGUAUAUUGUCCGCCGGUUUCUUGCUUGCUGCUCAGACGACGCCAAAGGCAUGGCAUCUGACGUUGAGGUUGAAUACGGAGACGAGCGUUUUAAUGCCCACGGUGUUAUCGUUCUUGAGAGAAACUAUCUCGACGUGUUUGUUUACGAAAAAUGGAACAACACUGUGGAACUACCAAAGUUCACCGAAGGAGAGCGUUUUCAACCUACAGAGGCUAUGAUGACGGAAGGCAAAACUUCAGCUCCGGGCUUCCUCACAGAAGCCGACCUGAUCGCUCUCAUGGAUGCCAACGGCAUCGGCACAGAUGCCACCAUGGCCGAGCAUAUCCAGAAGAUUCAAGACAGAGAAUACGCUGCUACAAUAGGUCGAUCAGGUGAAGCACCAAGAGGUGACGAGGAGUCGGACACAGGUCCAUCCACAAGAGGGCGCGGUCGUGGCCGUGGAGGCAGAGGAAGCAGAGGUGGACGCGGUGGGCGCGGUGGUGCAUCUACAUCAGGAGGCCGUGGUGGAGUAAAAGUAUUUGUCCCUACACAGCUUGGUGUAGCUCUCAUUUUGGGAUUUGAUCGAAUGAACUUCGAGACCAGUCUCGGCAAACCGUUUCUACGGAAAGAGAUGGAAAUCAAGAUGAAGGCUAUCUGCGACGGUCGUGCAAACAAGGAAGCCGUCCUACGAGAGAGUCUCGCUCAAUACAGGCGUGUAUUCGACCAGUCUCAGGAGCAACUGGGGGUUCUGCGAACGGCUUGCCGUGAAUUUGUCUUUACUUCGUGA